AUGGCAGCGGCGUGUUGGCGCGCACUGCUCUUGUGCUCGGCGGUGGCAGCAGCGCGGGUCCUGAUCCCCCCUGAAGACCCCUCUGUCCUGUCCCCUCGUAAGUACCAGCACACAGAUCCAUCCUCGGGCUUCCAGCUUACCUGCGACAAGUGCCCCGCCGGGACCUAUGUGUCGGCCCACUGCUCCUCCAACGCAGAGCGGGAGUGUACCUCCUGUCCCGAGGAGAGCUUCACGCGUGGGGAGAACGGGGUCCAGCAGUGCCACCGCUGCAGAGAACCCUGCCCCCGCGGCCUGGUGGAGAAGACAGCCUGCACAGCCACCCAGGACCGUGUCUGCUCCUGCCCCCCAGGGACAUUUCUAACACAGGGGCAGAUGUGUAGACCCCACUCCCUGUGCCCCCCCGGGACUAGAGUGAAGAAGCGAGGCACUGAGACAGAAGACGUAAUGUGUAAACUCUGCAGCAAAGGCACUUUCUCGGAUGUGGAGUCCACUGCGGCCAAGUGCAGGACCCACCAGGAGUGUCACUCUCAAGGGCUCGUGCUGCUCGUCGCUGGUACCAGAGAGGCCGAUAAUGUAUGCGGGCCACUUCCUGCAUAUUCCGCCAUUCGCACAUCCCCCUCAACCACUCCCCCGAAAAACACAGCCUCUGAACCGGGACCAGAGCAGGCAGACUCUUCCAAUGGUCCUGUGUUGGAGAUCUCGCAGACCACCUCCUCUCCUCACAACGCCAAAGCAGAACACGGUUUCCACCGUCAUUCAGCCAAUAUCCAACUGAGGAGGACCACUCAUACACAACUAUUGGACCACACUUCUACUUCAAGUGUCCCAAACCAGGACCCAACUCGGACCCCACAUCUUGAGCAGCAAAUGGGGCAACAGAACUCUGAGGGUCUCCCUGGCUCCGGUCGAAAGGACAUUUUGGAGAGCAUAGAUACUGUCAAAAUUAGUAUCAACAAAGUGCCUGGGGGGGUCUCCAGUGCAUACCGUCCCACUCGGAGAGGGUCCCCGAGGCCAAGCACCACAGAGCACUUUGACAUUAAUGAACACCUGCCAUGGAUGAUUGUUCUGCUGCUGCUGCUGGUUCUGGUGGUGAUCGUGGGCUGCAGUGUGAAGAGGAGUUCGCGGGUUCUGAAAAAGGGGCCUGUGCAAGACCCCAGCAGCAUCAUGGAGAAGGCCAUCCAGAAGAAAGCCCACGGACCCCCCACACAAACCCGAGAGAAGUGGAUCUACUACUCCAAUGGACAGGGCGUGGACAUCCUGAAGCUGGUGUCCGCUCACGUCGGCUCUCAGUGGAUCGACCUGUACCAGUCGUUGGCCAACGCCACUGAGCGGGAAGUGGCUGCCUUCUCCAACGGCUACAGCUCGGACCCGGAGCGCGCGUACGCCGCUCUGCAACACUGGACCAUCCGCGACAGCGACGCAAACCUGGCCAAGCUCAUCAACGCUCUGCACCGCCACCGCCGCAUCGACGUGGUGGAGAAGGUCCGCUGUGUCAUGGAGGACAACCCACAGUUUGACCUGAACCAGCUGAUACCCUCUGUGAACGGCAGCCAAAGCCUCAGCCCGGUCCAUCGAGCCCCGGAGUCCCCUGGUGUGAGCAGCGUGGGGGGCAGCAGCAGCAGCGUGGGGGGUUCCAGUGUGGGCGGGGCCAGUGUGGGCGGGCCCAGUGCAGCGGGCAUGGAGCCUUCACCCAUCGAUCGGGCCAAAGGGUUCUUCCCCGACGAAUCAGAGCCGCUGCUGCGCUGUGACUCCACGUCCAGCAAAGACUCCGCUCUCAGCAGGAACGGCUCCUUCAUUACCAAAGAGAAAAAGGACACGGUGCUACGGCAGGUGCGUCUGGACCCGUGCGACCUGCAGCCGAUCUUCGACGACAUGCUGCACAUCUUAAACCCGGAGGAGCUGCAGGCGCUGGAGCUGAUCCCCAGUGCGGAGGACAAGCUGGACCGCCUCUUCGAGAUCGCAGGCGUCAAGAGCCAGGAGGCCAGUCAGACCCUGCUGGACUCGGUCUACAGCCACCUGCCCGACCUGCUCUAG